ACAGCUGCCAGAGAUGUCAAAAUCUGUUCUGCGACCUCUGCUAUUCCAGAUCCAGCCCCUGAUCCUUCGCCGGCUGUGUCUUCAGCCUCCGAAGGAGGGCAUCCAGCUGUCAAACACUGAACGCCCGCCAAAAGAUCCACCGGAUGAGGGCUACGAGCCCACAAGUGUUGACCAUGAUGGCAUUGAUGUGCCCGACUUUGUGAACCCCGCCGCCUUUCGCCAGUUCAGCGGGCCGGAAGAGCAACUGGGCCCGGGAGCAGGCAAGGCUGAGGAGUAUAAGAAUGGUCACUACUUUGCCUACCAUCGCUUCUCGUUUUACGAAUUACAGACCCAGGCCGCAGAAAUGCGUGACGAGCGGCGCCUCGACGGCGGACUUCAGGCCUCUAUUGAAGUGGAUGAGGAGUCGGUGGACCAGGAAAAACAUAUGGAAGUCAUGAAGAAACUGGAAGCCGAGUGCGAUGAAAUCCUGGCCGCGCAAGCCAAGGAAAUCAAGGCGACCAAGAGUCCUGCCAAGAAGGAGACGGCAAAAGAGGACAAGAAGCUUGAGGAGAAGCAGAAGCUUGAGGAGAAGCAGAAGCUUGAGGAGAAGCAGAAGCUUGAGAAGAAACACGAGAAAAAUGAGAAGAAACCUAAGAAGGAGCUCGAGAAGAAGGAAAAGAAACUUGAGAAGAAGCUCGGUGAGGACAAGAAACUUCAAAAAAAGAAUCUUGAGCCGAAGGAUAAGCUUGAAAAGAAGGAGAAACUCGAGGAAAUGACCGAAGAGGAGCUGAAAGAAUGGUGCCUAAAGAAAGAGGCAGCUAUUAAAGAAAAGGAAAAACUGAAGACAGAAAUGAAAGGAAAGGAGAAACCAGACGGGGCAAAAGCCGAGAAACGACUCCAGGAUAUGAACGAAAAGGAGCUCUUGGAGUGGUGUCUCAAAAAGGAAGCAGACAUUAAGGAAAUUGUGAAGGAAGAAGCUGAGCAAGCCAAGAAAGGCUCAACACCGGAAGCUAAUAAGAAAUGAGCAGUAGAAGAAGCGAAGCAAAAACAAAGAAUAAAAUUAUAAUAAUUAAAAUUCAGCCAAAACUACAACCACCCCCUUAAAAACUCACCACCGAGGUGGUAAAAGUCCUCACUGAGACCACCACAGCAAAGAUUCAAACCAUGUACAGUUUUACAGCCACUGGCACCUCAAACUGUGAACUCUUUGCGGUCGCCUUGA